AUGAUUACAAACGAACGUAUUUUGGUGUUCCAAGACCAACAGGAAUCUCAUAUUAGAAGAGUUUCUAGUAAAGGCGGCGACCGUGUGGCUACGAUUACGAACUUGUACUUCAAAAACAAGCACUUAUCGAAACACCACGCCACAGUAAAGUACGAGCAAGACAAAGGGUUCACCGUUGAGGACACCAACUCAACUUUUGGAACUGUUAUCAAUGACACAGUUAUCAAACACAACACCAGACAUCCAUUGAAAGAUAAGGACAGAUUAGGGUUGAUUUUGUCCAAACCUUCUCUGAGAAUCAAAGAUGUGUUUAAGAAGUUUGAAUCUGAUUUGGAGCACAAAAGCAUUCCACUUCUUGAAUUUGAUCUGCCCAAAAUAAGCAUGCAGUUUGAUGUUGCGAUUGACAAGUCAGUGCUCAAAUUGGUACCAUCUGUUGCUGCUGUAGGAGCCAACCAAGGUUAUGAUUUUACAAACGAGGAUUCAGUAACAAACCUUUCAACCGUUGAGAUUAUUGAACUUGAAAAUAAUGAUGCGGAAGCGACUGAUAGGAGUGAUGACAACGAAAGUUUUAGGUCUCACGAUGAGGAAAAGCCGCCUAUUAUUGUCAUUGACCUUGAUGAAGAUUCUGAAGAGAAUGUUGGCGAGUCAUCACUAAAGAUUAAUAAAGUGGCACCAUCAACUUCUUGCAAAGAAAUUACACCUAAUGAAGAUUUUGAUUCCAAGUACCAUGAUGAUGAAAAUGUGAAGGUUGGGAUUCAUGAAGUUCUCACAGCUGGGCACGACUCAGGUGAAACUGUCGUGGGAAAUUCAUCGAAACUAGAUGCAAAUGAAGAUGGCCUUAACCACGAGUGCUCAUGUUUUCAUCCCGAUGGUGCUGAUACAGUAUCUCAAUAUGAGACUCGCAACGAAGACGACCUUGCUCGAGAAAAUGGGGUUGUAAGCAAGGAUGAGUCUGACGGAGAAGAUGAACCACCAAGUGAAUCGGACAUUGUUUUUGAAGUUUCCGAGCCUGAACGUUAUAGCAACCAGAAAGAGGGCAAUGUUGACGAGGACGCUGAAAUUGCAGUGGGUAGUUUCCACUGCAACGAAGCUGUCUCAAGGAGCAAAUGUCUGUCUUUUGGUCCAAAUUCCACCGAUAUCGUAAAUCAUCGUGAAGCUUCUCAAUCGGGAACCCCAUUAGCAGAGGAAGUGCUGCUAGUUGAAACCACUGACGACGAAGAAGAUCGCCGUGACGUUACUAAUAAAUAUGAAGAUGGUGAUGUCACAAGCUUUGAGAAUGAAUGCAGUUGCGACGACUUUCAAAAUUGUAAAGGUGCCAAAAAAUUAUCUUGCAACUGUGAUGUCGAAGGUUGUCAAAAUGAUUCUGAUCAUUCAUGUUUAAGCUCAGUUUGGGAUGGACUUGGUGACGAAUACUCACCUAUUACCUUGGAAGAUCCAUAUGGUGAAGUUGAAUCUCUUUGCAUUUGCUCGGAUCCGGAGGACUGUUACUAUGGUACCCCACAAAUUCCUCAUUCACAUUAUCAAGAAGAUGAGCAGAGCAAAUCAGGUGGAAACUCCUAUGAAUGUUUAGGUUGUGGCUCUCACACCCUGAGUAAGUGGGAUGAGUAUGAUGAUUCCGACAGCGACUCCAUCUGUGUUUGUUCUGACCCAGAAGACUGCUAUUGUGGUAAGAAGCAAACUCUUUUCGCUCCCAACAAGCAAAGGGAAAACGUUGCAAAGUUAGUAUCGAUCAACUCUUCCGAGGUUCACAGACUAGAACCAUACAAAGACGUAAGCCAUCUAAUGGAAUGGCAAAAGACGAAUUCUGGAAUCUCGAAGCUUAACGGUGCGAUAACCAACCAAACGUUGCUGAACACGAGAAAAAGAUCUCAUCACGAUAUGGUUGAAGAAGAAGAAUUAGGAAGUAGAGUGGACGGAGAAGACACUAGUGUGGGUGGAGAUGAAGAUGGAAAGCCACCACACAAGAAGCUUGCAAGUGAAGAAUCCAAAUUGAAGACUAUUUGCAAAGAAUUUGCAAAAGGGUUGUUUUACGUAGCUGCCACAAUCACCGCCCUUGGUGUAUAUGGCUCAACAUUGGAAGAGAAUUAG